AAAUAUUUACAGACUUGACCCCAAUGCAUUAUUCGAUCCGAACGCUUAACCGACAAGAACAAAUCGGUACCACUUGGAUUCUUACUAAAAUAGGAGUACGUAAAAGCAAUUUUGAUGAAGAUGAUAGUUUCUUUGUCUUUAGGAAUUAG